AUGCCGGGCGAGCAUAGUAUCUUCGACAGCGAGUGGUGGUGGCCGAAGUGGUCUGACAUGCCUUCUUUGCCUCUGCCACCCAGCCCUCAACAACAGGACCAGUCCACCCUGCGAGCCUUUGAGACAGAUUUGGAGCCGGGUGCGAAUGUCCUAUUAUCGAGCGAUUCGGGAAAACUUGGCGAUCAAGACCCUUUGCUUAUGGCAUAUCCUGAUCGGCUAUGGAGCAUCUCAAAAAUUGCGGUCGGUAUGGAGGCAGUCUUCGAAACUCGUCAACCGAUCUAUUACUUCAUGUUAUUCCGACAUUGUGACCUCAACCUUAUAGACCACAAGUUGCUUCACUUAGAAGCUCGGCUUCAUGCAACACAGGGCACCUAUAUAUCCAACGCGGAAAAGCAAGAAUUGGGCAACCUGCUUCAAGACCAAGAAGGUAUCUUUCAACUCCAGUCUUUUAGAGAAUACCGUACAAUACCGCGCAAAGACCCGACAUCAAGUCGACUUCCCAGUGCCCUCAUCUCCAUACUUCGCACGAGCCUGACGUAUACAAAUUACGAGAAGCUGCAACUUAAGUUCUUUUCAGGGCGUCCCCCGCAACGCACAUCACUGCCGCUUGGAAUAAUCGCCAGCACUAUCAUUACUAUCUUUGGCCGAGCCCUUCUCAUUGUGCCCAUGGCGAUUAUGAGCUUCAACACAAACCGCACUAAAAGUCUCGUCACAGUUUCUCGUUCUGUCGUUCUGUCGGGAUUCUUCCUUGGUGCUAUUAUAAGAAGCAAGAGUUCCGAGAUCUUCGUAGCUACUGCGACCUACGCUGCUGUUCUGGUUGUGUUUGUGGGGACUGGUGGGACUGGGUCUGGGUGAUUUCGAGCAGAAAUCAAGUACAAGAGAUCCCCGCUUGCAAGAUAUGCUAAGGGUUGGACUUCUCCUUCUUGUUGGGGAUUUUUACUUUGCUAUUUCCCAGUGGAAGAACCCCAAUGAGCAACAUCAGAGCAAAUUCAGCGCCGUCUUCAACUAUUCUCUCAUCUUCUGUUUCU